ACGCGAUUAUUGCUAGGAUGGAACAAAAGGGCAAGCAAUACCGCUGUCCAACAGCAUAGAGAACGAGAAAGUGGAGAGAGAAAGAGGGAGGACAAUAGAGAUUUUCCAGGAAAAUCAAACACACACACACACACACAUAUAUAUGUGUUUUGUCUUUCAUCAUCGUCCACGUUUGUCUCUCUCUGUACAUACCUAAUCGUCUUCUUCUUCUUAAUUAAUUGAUUUUAUUUCGACCUGAAUAGUAAUAGAACCCGUCAACCCCUUUUCUCACGCAUACUUGUACAUCAAAACAUACCCCAAAAUUAAUACCAAAAAAAAGAAAAAGAAAAGGAAAAUACGCCAAAACCACCAUCCAAACCACAUUUUAAUUCCAAAACCACCAUUUUCUCCCUCAAAACCACCGCUUCUUAUUCAAAAACUACGUUUCUCUGUCUUACUCGCGUCCAUAAUACCACCGAUACUACUCCCAAACUCGGUUUUACUUUCUCAGAAGGUGGUAUUGGUAUAUUUCUUAUCUUCUUGUAAUUUUCUUCGCAAGCAAACAGGGUGGUUCUUCUCCAAUUGGUUUUUCCUUGAGAGGAAUGGUGUUCGCUAACGUGAGCCGGGUGCGCAAGAAAAGAAGGUGAAGGAUACGAUAUAGAAAAGGUGGGUGUGUUUGUUCGUUCUAAUCCGGGUGCGCAUAAUAAUAGAAAAAGUAGGUGUUGGUCGAAUCGUCGACGUACACGUGGAGGGUUGUGAUGGGGGCGGAGACGAGGAUGGUGGUGGCGAGGGGCAGGUGGGGCACGUGGGAAGAGCUUAUCCUCGGGGGCGCUGUUCUCAGGCACGGUAACCAAGACUGGUCGGCCGUGGCUUCGGAGCUCCGAGCCCGAACCCUCCACCAGUGCAGAUUCACUCCCGAGGCUUGUAAAUCCAAGUACGAGGACUUGCAACAACGAUAUGCUGGGUGCACAGCUUGGUUUGAAGAGCUACGAAAACAACGAGUGGCUGAAUUGAGGCAAGAAUUGGAAAAAUCUGAAGAUUUGAUUGGUUCGUACUGUUUCAGGUCUCUUGAGUCAAAGCUUGGAAGUCUUAAGUCUGAGAAAGGAUAUUAUAGUCGGGUUGAUUGUGGCUUUAGCCAGACUGAAUUUCCUGCACCUUCACUAAAAUCAGCAGGAGCAGAAUCUUUUGGUAAAGAGACAUCUAAGGAUGGACUAUCUGCUGGCAGUUUCACGCAGGAUACCAGGAACUGGUCCUCUGAAUAUCCUUUUCCUGCAACAGCAUCAGCUGCAGAGAUGGAUGCAACGCCCGAUGCUUCAGAGCCUAUGGAGCAAGAAAAACUUUCAAGCGUUGAUAAACUGGUACAGAUUAGCAAUGAACAAGAAGGGACUUUUCGGAAGAGGAGAGGGAAGAGAAAAAGGAAGGAUUGUAAUAGGGAGUCCAAAGAAGGGAGCAUUGGAGACAGUGAGAAUUUGGGUUCAACCAAUGUUUUAAUUGACUCUCAAUGCAAGGAAAAUUCUAUCAGUGACUGUGGUCAGACGGUCAGGUCUUCUGGUGUAAAUGAUCACAAUAAAGGUUCAAGUGGGGUUGGAAAUGUUGAUUUGAUGUUGAUAUUUGAUUCUAUUGCAAAGAAUGAAUACGCCUUGGUCUUUCGACGUCGGCUUGAUAGCCAGAAGAGAGCAAGGUACAAGAAAAUAAUCCGGCAGCACUUGGAUUUUGACACCAUAAGAUCAAGAAUUGCCAACUGCUCCAUCGUGUCAGUCAAAGAACUCUUCCGAGAUCUGCUUUUGCUUGCAAACAAUGCACUGGUCUUUUAUUCCAGAAGAACACGUGAAUACAAGUCCGCAUUAUUACUGAGAGAUCAUGUCACAAAAGAAUAUCAGCAGCAUUACAAGGAUUCUGGCAACAAAGCAGCCUCUGUCAUCUUCUCUAUAUCAUCAAUGUGUAACCUUCCUGUGAAACCUCGGAGCAUUCGCCCUUAUAAACGCAAAUUGUCAGCACAUGUUCUCAUUGCUGAGAAUGUCACUGCUGGAACUCAACAAGGAUGUAAGAAACCAAGUGUUGCUGAUUCCACUCCUUUAAUGGUGUCUUUGAUGAUGGCAAACAAAGGCUUCAGUCGGGCAGCGAAGGUUGCACUUACAACAUCUAAUCGACGACCUAAAAUUCCAAUGAAGGAAAGAAAGAGACGUUGGCGGAGGUGAAAUUGUUGUAGUUUUUAAUCUUUCUAUUUUUCUUUUUCUUGUGAAAUUCCCAGGCUCUUCUUUCGGUAAUUUGAGUCGUUUGCAUGAUC